AUAUACUACUGAUGGAUCGUUCACUGCUCUCGUCGCCCGCAGACUUCCAGCCAGCCAUAGCCAUCUGACGGGCGAAGUCGACGGUGGAGUGACAACGGGCUUCGUUUCACCCAUCCCGAGCAUGGCGUCCGCGUUUCAGAAUACGUGGCAGAUUGCGCUCAACAUCGAGGGAGAGCUUCUGAAGAGCCUUGCCGAGAAAGAGCCUACGUUUGCUGAAAUUUCGCAUUACCUCUCUGAACUCCGCGCAGCUUGCCAGAAUGCCAUCCUUCAGGACUUUGAUGCCGCUCGCUCCAUCGACGUGGAAAGUCGCCUUUGGGAUGCACAUCUCAAAAUUAACAAUCGGUUUCGUAAACUACUCUCUCGCUUCCGCGAGCAAAACGGAAAGAAGAAGAAACCAGUAGAGAGACGAAAGCUUGAGAAACAUUAUCUCGAAUUCAUCAAAGCAAGUCAGCGGUUCUAUAGAGGAUACAUCCAGCAAUUGUCGUCGCAUUUCGGGGGGAUUCCGGAGCUUGAAACCGUUGCGCGGAAAUUCAACUUUGACAAUUUAUCUGCGGAGGAUCCCACGGUACAACCGGUUGGGGACCUUCGAAAACGUAUUCUGCAGUCAUGUCAUGCGACCCUUAUCCGUCUCGGCGAUCUCUCACGCUACCGCGAAACCGAACUGGUUGGCAAGGACCGCAAUUGGGGUCCGGCCAUAGGCUAUUAUGACCUUGCCACAGUAAUAUAUCCAGCCUCUGGUGCCUCGCACAAUCAAUUGGCUGUCAUUGCCCUCGCCGACGGUAAUCACUUGCGGGCCACUUAUCACCUCUAUAGGGCACUAGCCGCCCAGGAACCUCAUCCAUCUGCCAAGGGCAACCUAGAAAUUGAGUUUAGGAAGGUUAGGAAUCUGUGGGCUAAAAGAGAGCUGAUUCGCCCCGAGGAUGCCGGUAUUCCUGGCAGGGCGUUGGCUCCUUGGUUUGUAUAUCUACAUGCUCAAUGUUACAAAGGCGUGGAUUUUCCCGAGCAUGAUGAGCUUGAAAAUGAAGUACUGAAUCAACUUGCUGUUGAUUUGAAGGAGCGUUCCCUAGAGGGCACCUUACAGAAGUUCUGUCUAGUCAAUAUCUCCGCAGAAGAUUUUUCUAGGACACGCUCGAAUGAAGAGUCCGUGUCAAAUGCACGCCUCUUUUUCCGGCGUAUCAAUGUAAAAACAUUCUUUACAUUACUUCAGAUCCUUUUAGCUGAAGUGGAGCGGUUCGCAGUCGAAGAAACAAACAAUACGGAUGGAAAGAAUGGCCCUGAUAAGAUCACCGCUGUUGCACGACGUGUUUUGCCUGCUCUCCGAAACUACAGCUCUUGGCUACUUACAGUCAGCCAUCUUCUAGUAGCUCAUAAAGAGGAGAAAGACACCCCGCUUUCUGUCCAAAUAAUUGAGUUCUGGAAAAUCUACGCCAACACACUGACUCUUCUCGCAUCCACAUUCGAUGUAGUCCUCCUUCCGGAGAUAGACUACCUUUUGGAAGAAGAUGAAGAGACUCUGUGUUUUGUGCCGCUAAAUAAAGAGGCCACAUCACGUAGAUAUUUGGAUACAAGUGGCCGCCAAAAGCCUCGGAUGAACGAUCUAGGAGUGGAAAGGAAUCACCCGAACAUGGAGAUGCUUUACCGAAUUCGCGAAUUCGUAAUUGAUGGGUUGGAUUUGGUUGUCAGCAAUAAAAUCCCCAUAGCUCUAGUCGACGACGGUGACAAAAAAACAUUCCUCUACAAGGAGGAAGGGCUUCCAUCUCAGUUCUUUGCCAGUCCCUCGGGACAUCACCAUACCCUUUCCUCGGCGAGCAUUGAACGGGAGGACAUUCAACAAACAACACAAGAUCCAAGUUACGCUACCGAUUCCAGAAGUGUCUUUGGGGGCUCUCAAUCAGCGUCAAUGUCAGCCAGUAUGCACCGCAUUGUUGAAGGUGUGGAGCGCCUGGUUGAGUCGGACUGCUAUGAAAACACUCCGGCGUUGCCGGAGCAUCUCGUCUUUUCACGAAACAACCAGCAACCCGGCUCCAGCCAUAUCUUCAAUCCUAGUACGGACUCAAUAUUUCGGGAAGAGAUCAUUCCUGCUCGUCAGACUCCCAUCGCUCCACCUGGGCUUGGCCACUCAAUGGCAAACGCUACUGCCCUAGCCAGGGUUCCGUCAUCACAGUCAUACGCGCCGCGACCCUCCCUCCCUGGUAUCCCUAGUAUAUGGAACAUGGGCCUCUCACCAGAAGUUGGUGAUACAACCUCUCCCAGGACUCCACCAGGCCUUGGGCAACAACCAAUGCAACAUCCCGGUCAUUUAAUCCCAGGAAGCAUCGGUAGCCCAAGCCAUCACCUAUCUCAGGACUCGGCUGUGAACGAUCUCAUGCUUCGUCAGAGUCUAAUGCACCAAUCUCAGCUGCAAAACCCUUUGAAUGGAUCCAGCUCUAUAUCCUCGUGGAUCCCCUCGUCAAACCCCACAUCGCACCACCGUCUUUCAGGCUUGGGGUGGGACAGCAGAGGACCACUAGAUGCCGCAAGCUCUCCGCCACCCCUCGGUGCGCCCAGCCUGCCGAUCUCAAGUGGCUUGACCAAUGCCUCGUGGGCAAACGAUGCGUUCCUCGCCAACACGCUCUCCUCAGGCGCAGGUUACCCCAGCUCUGGGUUCGGCGGCAGUCGCAAAUCUGCUACCCAGUACGGUGCUAUUGGUCAAACACCUCCCUGCGGACAUGGAGGGUGACACCGAUUUCUUGAUGAUCUAAGUAUGGGGAACAACUCUCCAAGAGUUCUUUGAGAUAGAAGCAUACACGCAGGAAACGCGGGUGCGAGCUUUGGUUACCUGGGCUCCGAUUUGUGAGCGUCGGAAGUGCAGUGUGAGAUUAUGCAGCAUCUCCCUUCGCUCCUAUCUGUUAGUCCAGUUCUUAGCAUUCAAAGCCCGCUUUUCAUAAGCAGGCUUGUGCACUGUCAAAUUUCCCACGUGGGCUCAUUGGCCGUGCUGUCGUUAGACCGCUGGUAUUAAGGAUACGGUCAUGUUCACUAGAGAAACAUUGGUGAAAGGCCGUAUACAAUAAGCGUUCUACAACUUAUUCAUGAAGUCGAAAAGGAGACCAUAUAUUGCAAAAUCAUGCGUUCGUGGGCUCGCCUUCAGGU